AAAAAUUCCUCGCAAGAAUUAUGCAAUUAUGUAUUGUAUUAAUUCGAUACAUUUGUCACGUCUCAAUUACAUAUAUUCAGGCCAUCCCGAGUCAUUUGAGAAUAUCAAUUAAAAUUAUCUGUUAAGAUGUAAACGACCAACCGCACGUGCUACAUAAAUUUUAAUUGCACAUUGAAUUGAAUACAUACAGAUUUUCCUUUUGAACUUAUUCAAAUGGAAAUCGAUCAAUGUGUUGUCGAGUUAUCAACGUUACGCGCGUGGCUCGUAUCAACAAUUGCUUAUAUAUUUAAACUCGCAAUACGUAAUACCAGUAAGUUUGUGAGAUUUUGAAACAUAUUGAAUUAUCUGGCUGUUACUGGCGGUCAAAUCAAAUUCGUGACAACGAAAUGAAUUAAAUUCUCACAAUGCAGGAGAUUAUUUAUCUUCUAGUCGUAUUUUUAGCUUUUUCUCACAGUCAGUUAGAGGAUUAUAAGGAUCUAAAUUAUCAACAGAAUGAAAUAAAAAAUCAAAACAAUUUCUCAUUACCAUGGAAUGCAAAUUCUAACCAAAUACAGUACUCUCAUCAUAAUUCCCAAUGUAAAUCUUAUCGAUUCAAAUGUGUGGAUUCCGGUCUCCACGCCGAUGCACACAAUUGCAAAAAGUAUUACGAAUGUAUAAGGAUUGGAAACAAUCACGGAUUUAAAUUUCGUCGGUUAGUUCGUAAAUGCGAUGAUGGCAAGGUUUUCUCGUACGCACAAGGUGGUACCUGCACACAACCUCAGAAAAGUGGAAGAUUGGAGUGUACUAGCUAUAAACAAAUGAAGAAGCACAAUUAUUCAGAAUUAAAAAAGUUACGUAAACAAGGAAAAAAGAUAUGUCGACGAGAAGGAUUUGUGUCACAUCCUACGGAUAAAAAGAAAUAUUAUAGAUGUCUUCGUCUCCAUUCCGGAAAAUUGAUAGCAUAUGAGUUUUCAUGCAGCAGUGAAACGAUAUGGGAUCGAGUAAAACAAAUGUGUUCACAUCCCCGGAACAUAAUCGACCCUGAUAAUUCUGAGAUAAGCGAAGAAGACUCUACAUCAUCUAAUGAAGAAAAUCAUACAAAAACACCGAAAAAGAAGAAAAAUUCAAACGAAAUAGAAACGACAACACAAAAAGGAAAAGAAGAUAAACAUUCAAGUCAUGAAAAAAAUAAAAAAAAGAAAGUAAAGAAAGUAAGGAGAGAAAACACAAUCACAAAAAUAAAGAAAAAAGAUUCACACGAAAAAAAUCAAAAGAAUAAAAAUAAAAACAAACACAAUAAAAACAAGAAGGAUAGUAAUGAAUCAAAUAGUAACAGCAGCGAAAAACAUCAUACAAAAAAAGAGAAAAAUUCGAAAGAAAUAGAAACAACGACAAAAAAGACAUCGACCCCGAAUACAUCAGAAGAAAAUAGUUCAUCAAAUGAAAAUAGCCAAAGCAACGAAAGUAGGACAGAAAAAGUGACGACGCCGCAAGUUCCUACUGAGGGACAAUCCAGUAGUAAAGAAGACAACAAGGAAAGCAGCGAGGGAAUAGGGACGACGCCACAAGUAUCAACCGAGGGACAAUCUGGGAGCAAAGAGGAUAGCAAGAGUAAAGAAAGCAGUGAGGAAGUAGGGACGACGCCGCAAGUACCAACCGAGGGACAAUCUGAGAGCAAAGAGGAUAGCAAGAGUAAAGAAAGUAGCGAGGAAGUAGGAACAACGCCGCAAGUUCCAACUGAAGGGCAAUCCGGUAGCAAGGAGGACAGCAAGAGCAAAGAAAGCAGCGAGGAAGUAGGGACGACGCCGCAAGUUCCAACUGAAGAGCAAUCCGGUAGCAAAGAGAACAGCAAGAGCAAAGAAAGUAAUGAGGAAGUAGGGACGACGCCGCAAGUUCCUACCGAGGGACAAUCCGGUAGUAAGGAGGACAGCAAAGAAAGCAGCGAGGAAGUAGGGACGACACCGCAAGUUCCAACUGAGGGACAAUCUGGUAGCAAAGAGAACAGCAAUAGUAAAGAAAGCAAUGAGGAAAAUGUAACGACUCCAGAAAUUACCACCGAAGAGCCACAUUGGAGCAAGGAAAGUAGUCAAAGUAGUGAGAGCAGCGAAAGCAGCAGCAGCAGUGACAGUAGUGAGAGCAGCAAUAACAUCAAGAGCAGUGAGAGUAGCGAGAGCAGUGAUAGCAGCAGGAGCAGUGAGGGAAGCACGAGCAACGAAAGCAGCAAGAUCAGUGAGAGUAGCCAGAACAGCAGAAGCAGUGAGAGAAGCAAAAGAAGUAGCGAGAGCAGCGAUAGCAGCAGAAGCAGUGACAGUAGCGAGAGCAGCAGUAACAUCAAGAGCAGUGAGAGUAGCGAGAGCAGUGGAAGCACUAGCGAAAGCAGCGAUAAUAACAAGAGUAGUGAUAGUGGCAAACAUAAUAAGAGUAAAGAAAGCAAUGAAAACAGUGGAAGCAGCGAGGAAGUCAUAACUACUCCACGUGUUUCUACAGAAGAUUCUGAAAGUAAUGAAAGUAAUCAAACCGAUGGUAAUAAUGAACAGACGCCAACAACUCCAUUAACUUCAACUGAAGGAUCAUCCGAAAUUGAAAGUGGUUCUAAGUGUACUUCUGCUGGUUUCUUCCCCGAUUUGGAUGAUUGUUCAAGAUAUUAUAGAUGCGUCGAAGUUGGUCUCAAUAUAUUUGAUAAAUUUGAUUUUGUUUGUCCUCAAGGGACAGUGUGGGAUCAAGAGAAAACGACUUGUAAUUUUGAAUGGGCUGUACAACGAUUAUGGUGUAAAAGCAAGAAAGAAAAUAUUUCGAAGGAAAAUGGGGGAGCUGAUCGUGAAAAGCAAAACACCACUGAUAUUCCAACUUCUACAGAAUUACCGAUGAUUUCUACUACUCCUACCCAACUUCAUUGUCCUAUUGGUAAUUUGACUGGUGAUCAAAUACUACUCGUUUGUCCUACUGGUUUCCGACGACAUCCGAAAUAUUGCAAUCUUUUCUAUCAAUGUACAACAGUAGAUAAAAUUGGAGCUAAAAUUGUUGUAUUUACUUGUCCAAAAGGCAGAAUUUUUAAUGAUAAAAGGAUACAAUGUGUAAAAAGAAAUAGUAUUCACGAAAACUUUUCUGGAUAUUCUGAUUGUAAAAGUUUUGAUUCUUCGGCAACAGAUAUAUCUAAGUCGCUCCUGGAAGCUUCCACGAGAAAGUUAUGUCCAAGAAAAGGUGUGUUUCCUUAUAGCAAGGGUUGUUCGAACGCGUACUAUAAAUGCAUCCGUAAUGUGCAUGGUGCACUCCAAGGAUAUAUCUUUAAAUGUUUUGAUGGACAAAUAUUUUCAAGCGCUUCAAGACGUUGCGAACGAACUAAAUAUAACUCAAUAUGCACAGUGCGGACAUCAAUGCAAUAAUAAAAUCAAUGUGAACGCACUAUCUGAUGGAGUACACAUUACUUAUAGAGAAAUGUUUUACGUUGAUCUUAUACCAUCUCCAAUAUAUCUCUAAGAAGAUAUAAAUCAUUAAUGUAAAAUAUGAUUUGAAUUCUACAUAUACUUUUAUCAACAAUAUGUUUGUUAAUAAAAUAAUUCUUGUGCAAAAGAAAUAUCUUAAUAAUUUAAAAGCA